CAUUCUGUAUCUAUAUAUUUCAACCCACCCAUUAGUCCAAAACUUAAAAGGGUAUCUUCUUUUUGUAGAGUUUUCAACUCUCAUGGUCAAAUUCACACACUUCACCUAAACACACAGUGCACCCACUUGACUCCAUCUUUGGAACAGAAACACACCAUCACACUUGCAAAAAGAUGAUAUUUUUGUAAAAAUUAGGCCAUAAUCUUCAAAACCCUUUGCAGAUUCCAUUAUGGCAGCCAUGGAUGUUGUUGGUUCUAAUGAAACUCCGGUGAAAGUUGAGGGGAAGAGGCUUGCAAUUUUAGUAUGUUGGAUUCUUGGAUUUGGAUCUUUGGUUUCAUGGAAUAGUAUGUUGACUAUUGGAGACUACUACUAUGCCUUGUUUCCUGAUUACCACCCGUCAAGGGUACUUACCCUCGUGUACCAACCGUUCGCUUUAGGAACAAUGGCCAUACUUGCAUAUAACGAAUCAAGAGUCGAUACUAGGAAGCGUAACAUUGCAGGAUACAUAUUAUUUUUUCUAUGCACUCUAGCCCUCAUUCUGGUAGAUUUAGCCUCGUCUGGUAAGGGAGGGGUCGGAAACUACAUCGCCAUAUGUGUUUUCGUGGCGGGUUUUGGCGUCGCUGAUGCUCAUGUUCAAGGCGGAAUGGUUGGCGAUUUGGCCUUCAUGGAACCAGAAUUCAUCCAAUCUUUCUUUGCUGGUUUAGCAGCAUCGGGUGUUUUAACCUCUGGAUUAAGGCUAAUGACAAAAGGCGUGUUUGACAAAUCUUCCAAUGGCCUACGAAAAGGGACUAUGUUAUUUCUUGCAAUAUCAACAUUCUUCGAGUUUUUAUGCAUUUUGCUCUACGCCUUUGUGUUCGCUAAACUACCGAUUGUGAAGCAUUAUCGCACUAAAGCAGCAAGAGAAGGGUCAAAAACUGUUGCAUCGGAUCUUGCUGCAGCAGGCAUCCAUACCGAAACUAAUGGAACAGCUGGUAUUGAUGCUAAGCUUCCCACACGAUUGAGCAAUAAAGAAUUGUUGCUCAAGAACAUCGAUUACGCGUUAGAUUUGUUCUUGAUAUAUGUCCUUACUCUCUCCAUUUUCCCUGGAUUCUUGUAUGAAAAUACUGGAAAACACCAGUUGGGCUCAUGGUACCCCCUUGUUCUAAUCGCAAUGUACAAUGUUUGGGAUCUCAUAGGAAGAUACAUUCCUCUAAUUAAAUCUAUUAAGAUAGAAUCGCGUAAAGGGUUAAUGAUUGCUAUAUUAUCGCGUUUCUUGUUCAUUCCCGCUUUCUAUUUCACUGCAAAAUACGGUGAUCAGGGAUGGAUGAUUAUGCUAAUAUCCUUGCUUGGAUUAACAAAUGGUUAUCUCACAGUGUGUGUCAUGACCGUAGCUCCUAAAGGUUACACGGGUCCAGAGGCGAACGCUUUAGGAAACAUAUUGGUGGUGUUUCUUCUAGGUGGAAUUUUCGCGGGUGUCGCUCUUGAUUGGCUGUGGCUAAUUGGUAAUGGAAGCUUCUGAGUAACAAAAUAUUGUUGGAAAUAGUUUCAUUAUUUUAAGGAAUUAUGAAUAUAGUUGGCUUCAUUUUGUUUUCCAAUGGAAAUAGUUUCAUCAUUUAAGGAAUUAUGAAUUAUGAAUAUAGUUGGCUUCAUAUGUGUAUAUAUUGUGGAAUUAAAUAUAAAAAAUAAGGGUAAAUUACACUUUUCGUCCA